ACACUUCUGGAGUGAGAAACAGAUUGCACAAUGAAGAACUUUGUUACAAUCUUUAUGGUACUAAGCAUUACUGCUCAUGCCACUUCAGCAAAGAAGCUUCUUGUGGUCAACGGUCUGAAUGGUGGUCUGCUUACUGGUGUAAAUGGAGUGAACCCUCUGCUGCUGGGUGGUCUGAACCCACCAGUGGUUGCUGGAGGUGCUGCGGUUAUAGGACAGCCUCCUAUUCCACAGUUUCUUCCCGCGGCUGCUCUUCCUCCAUAUGUGCUUCAGCCUCCAGUGGCACCAGCUCCCUUCGGCCUUCCUAACGCUGGAGCUCUGCCUUACCCCUUCCCUCCCGCUAAUGGGGGCUUGCCGUAUUUCGUGGCUGGACUUCCUAAUCAACCUGCCGUAAUUCCUCCUCAGCAACAAGUUGCGGCUGGACAAGGACCUGCUGGAAAUAAUCAAGCCGUUGGGUUGCCACAAGGCUCACUGGGAAGAUUUAAGCGAUCAUUUAUCAGAAGGACCACAGCAAGACCACCUGUCUCAGUCACCCAGAUGCCUGCUCAGCUCAGCCCUACUGUGUCUGGAAAUACUGUUGGCUAAAUCAGACAGAAUGUCAGAUAUUUUGAGUAACUGAGGUGUCUUUUUUUGCUAGUGUUGAAACAGACAUAGAUAUUUACCAGCAAUAAUCAUACUAAUUAAUAAUCAUAUGCUGUGAAAAUAAUUGUUUCUUUUCACAGGUCCUUUCAUAAGAUCACCACUGGAAAGUUCUUUUCAAGUCAUUGUUUAAAAGAAAUAUAUGCAGUAUAGAUUUCCUUAUGUAGCUAAGCCUAAUUUUCUAAUACGUUGCCUUAUUUUGAUACAUUGUGAACAUUUGUAUUAAAUGUUUAUACUGAAUGCUGAAUAAAAUGUACUAGUUUGUUGC